CUGGAAUCUUUACAUGGACCAUAAUGGAGAAAUAGCUGCAGACAUGGACAUCGAGUUCUUGGUGAUUUUGCCUGAGGGGGAUUUGAUCCAAAGGAAACUGGGGAGUAUUGAAAGACAGAGAAUUAUUAUUAACAAAAUUGCUCUUUCAUGGAUAAAUCUGCUCAACAAGUCUCUGCCUCAGUCCCAAUGUGUGGAAAGUUGUCAUCCUGGGUUUGUCAAGCGGAAGCGAGAAGGAGAGCCUGCUUGCUGCUACGACUGCAUUCCUUGUCCUGAGGGGACCAUCUCCAUCCAUGAAGGUGGGGGACACCAAGGGAAAGGAGAGGCCUUGUGGAAGUGGAUUCAUCUGAAACACUGUCAUAAAAGUGCAAGUUAAAAGAUAGAUUAAAGCUCAAUUGCUUUUUUAAAUUUUGUCACCA